UGUGGGCAUCGAACGGUCAACGGAGGUACCACUGGUUAGGUGAAAGUCAUAACUCAUUAACGUUACUACGCUUGGCUUGGUUAACUUCCAUGGACUGGGACAGUAAGAGUGGAAGCGACGGAAAUGGAGGGAAAGCAGGAACUGGAGCGAGAGAUAAUAGAGAGGCUGAAUGGGUGUGAAGAGCGAGGAGCGCCGAUUCAGGAGUGGGGAGCGGCGGUCGGAAAAUGCCUUUGGUCCAUUGGAGUAGCCGUACCGAGCACUGAACUGGCGGAGCUUCUCGUCUCCCGUCUAUGCUUCAGCGACAAACGCGCUUCUCUCUGGAAGUUCCUCCACCAUGCGAUCUGUUCCGGUCUCGUCUAUCCCCUCCACAUCAUCUCCCUCCUCACACACAGAGUAAUUCCUCAUCGUCAGUCUCAGCCAGAGGUGUAUAGACUCUAUCUUGAACUUCUCAACAGAUUUGGACUUUCAUUUGUUCCGAUUGAGAUUAAUACGUGCAGAGAGAAGAUAGUAAAAUCUAUUGAUGAUGUUCUUCAGCUAUCCCAGACCUACGGAGUCUGUGUUCUGGAACUUGGUCAUGCAUUGGUGUUCUUCUUUUUUAGUGUUGUUGUUAACGUGCUUGAUUGCACUCUCAAUGACUGGGGGUUGCAGAAAGUAUCCCCAAACAUAUCAAGUGGAGCAUCCGGACAAACUGAUCAUCAAAAUAUGGAUGUAGACUCUCACGGGGAUUAUAAUGCUGGAAGAAAUGAACGUCAUGAGCACUUAAUGAAAACAAACACUUCUGCGGCCAUAGAGGUGUUGGAAAAACUAACGGCAAGCGACAAGGCUAGGGUUUUACUCCGACUCGUUCACUUGAACAUGCCUGAAAAAUUCAAUGGACUUCUACAAAGGCUGCAGUGUUUUGAAGCUACUAACUUAAAAUAUUCAAUUCCCAAGUCUGCAAACAUGCUUGUGAAAAGGUUAUGUGUCAACAUUCAAAGAGUUCUGAGUUUUAAAUGCCAGUUGAAAAGGCAAGAAUUCAUUGGCAUACUUACUAAUAUUGAGUCAAGCAAGUUAGUGUCCUCUCCCAAGUUUGAUUCUGGUCGAUCUGCUUGUUGGGCUUCCUUUGAUAUUUUUCUGGAGCAUGCAAUGGAUGGGAGGCAACUUUGUCUUGAAUCAGCUAUUGUUGUUCUGAAAGAAGCAAUCAAUACACUCAAAGUGUUAAAUCAAGCAAGCUGGCAAGAGACGUUCCUAGCGCUCUGGGUUUCAGCUCUUCGACUAGUGCAACGAGAACGUGAAUCCCUGGAAGGCCCCGUCCCACAUCUUGAGUCCCGUCUUUCUGUUCUCUUGUCUAUUGUUCCGCUUGCUAUCUCCAAGUUAUUGGAGGAAGAAGCCCCAAUGCAUUCCUCUUCUCUUCAUGAAGCUACAGAAUCCAGAUCUACAGAUAGUUCGUAUGGGCACGAAAUGGAUGGGAAUGGUUUUGCCGCUAAAAAACAUGGACUGAUAUCCUCUCUUCAGAUCCUUGUACAGUUUCCAGAACUCUUAUGGCCUCCUGCAUCAGUCGUUGGUGCGGCAAAUAGUGCUGCAGCAAAAGCAGCGGCCUUCAUUUCUAAUAUUAAGAAUGCAAAUGAUGUUUUUUACAUGGACAGUGGAGUGUACAGUGGCAACAUGAGGCACCUUAUAAUUGAAGCUUGCAUUGCGAGGAAGUUGCUUGAUAGUUCAGCAUACUUAUGGCCUGGAUAUGCACCGACAUCAGUCUUUUCACCAUCAGAUUUUCCGCCACUUCAAAAGUCUUGCUGGUUAAAAUUCAUGGAGGGGGCUCCAUUAGAUAAUUCUAUAAUAAAUUCGCUUUGUAUGACACCUGCUUCAAGUCUGACGGAGAUACAGAAGUUAUAUCAUAUGGCAGUCAAUGGGUCAUCAGAGGAAAGUUCAGCAGCUGCUAAGAUUCUAUGCGGUGCCUCUCUCAGUCAUGGAUGGAAUAUCCAGGAACAUGUGGUGCAUUAUGUGGUCAAGCUUCUUUCUCCUCCUGUACCUCGUAAGUUUAGUGGGUCGAAGAGUCACCUAAUCGACUAUAUGCCCAUGUUAAGUGCUAUCCUUUCCGGAGCUUCCUCUAUUGAUACGGUUCACAUACUUUCUCUGCAUGGUGUGAUCCCUGAACUGGCAGCUUCUUUAAUGCCCCUCUGUGAGGUUUUUGGGUCACUUGUGCCAACAUCAGUUCACAAGUCGAGGGCAGGUGAUGAGCCCUCGAUUUACAUUAUUUUUUCUUCCGCAUUUCUCUUUCUUCUUCGUCUAUGGAAAUUUUAUAGACCCCCGCUUGAGCAGUGCAUUAAGGGUGGAGGUGCAGCUAGAAGCGAACUUGCUCUUGAGUAUCUUUUAGCAUUGCACAAUAGCCGCAGUGAGUCACAUAAUUCUAUGAUUUCAAAUAGAAUGAGUGCGAAUGUGAACAUGGCUGAUGUUGCAAAAAUCAAACCUACAUAUAUUGAAUGCUACCCCAAAUUACGAUCUUGGUAUUGUCUAAACAAAUCUUGUAUAGCUUCGACACUUUCUGGCCUCUGCAAUGAAAAUCCUGUUCACCAAGUAGCGGACAAAAUUAUAAAGGCGAUGUACUGGAAAAUGACCAGCGGCAGUGCAACAUCAGAUUCAACAAUAUCAAACAGUGGAGAAGAUAAUUACCCUAUGCUUCCUGCAUGGGAACUCUUGGAAGCUAUUCCAUUUGUUCUUGAGGCAUUUUUAACAGCUUGUGCUCAUGGAAGAGUUUCGUCUCGAGACUUGACAACAGGUCUAAGGAACCUGGUAGAUUUUCUGCCUGCAUCUGUUGCUGCUAUAAUCAGUUACUUCACUGCAGAGGUCACUCGUGGUGUUUGGAAACCAGUUACAAUGAAUGGAAUUGAUUGGCCUAGUCCAGCUAAUGUCCUUCCAAUUCUUGAAUCUGAUAUGAAAGAAAUCCUUGCUGCUGCAGGUGUCAACAUACCAAGCUUUUCGUAUGGGACUUCACCUGUAAUGCUUCCUCUACCAAUGGCAGCUCUUGUGAGUUUGGCCAUUACUUUCAAACUUGACAAGAGUCUUGAAUACAUCAUGGCUGUUGUUGGGCCAGCCCUUGAGAAUUGUGCGUCUGGUUGCCCUUGGCCUAGCUUUUCUAUAAUUGGCUCAUUAUGGUCCCAAAAGAUACGACGCUGGCAUAACUUCAUUGUUGUAACAUGUUCUCGCGCUAUGCUCAUACGUAAAAAAGAAGCUGUUUCCCAACUUCUGAGAAGUUGCUUCAUAUCUUUCCUUGGAUCAAUGAAUGCUUCAACCUCUCCAAUGACCAAUCAAAGCGGUGUGAAGGCUUUAUUGGGUAGCCUCGUGGCACCUCCUGGAGUUCGUCCUUCACUAGCCCCUGGGUUUCUUUUUCUUCGGUCUUGUCGAACAAUUCAUAGUAUUCAAUUUGUGAAUGACAUAAUUAUUGGACUUGUAGCAGAGUACACUCGGGUUUUGCCCAUGAGAUUGCCAAGAACAGAUUCUUUUCGAUUGAAAUCUAGUGCAGCAUCUCAAUUCGUUGCUGCUGCCAAGGCUAGGGAGGCAGCCACACUUGGUGCAAGCCUCAUAUGUGUGGCAGGUGGGAUGGAGCUGGUCAAAGAACUUUACCUGGAGACCAUCCCAACCUGGCUACUUUCUUCAAGAGAAGAGAAAACUGGUGAGGUGGGUUCUCGCUCAUGUAUACUGGAAGGAUAUGCAAUGGCAUAUAUGUUGAUUUCUGCAGGAUCGUAUGAAUGGGGUGUUAGGGCUGAGCCACCAUCAUGGGCAUUCUCCAUAAGAGCUCAAAUCGUUGGGUCACACAUGGACUUUUUGGCAAGAGUGUUGGAGAAGAACAUAUCCGUUGGUUGUCAUCCGAUCACUUUAAAAGCUUAUGUUUCUUCUUUAAUAGGUCUUUUAAUCAGUCGUACACCAGCCUGGAUUCAGGAAAUGAAGCUGGAAACACUGACGAAAUUGGCUAGUGGACUGAGAGAAUGGCAACAACAGAAAUUGGCCCUCUCUCUCCUUGAAAGAGGCGGGAUUGCAGCCUUUGGCUCCGUAGUGGAAAUUGUUUAUGCAAUCAGUUGAGUUUGGAUCCUGAACAUUGGUUCCCUUAUCCUUGCUCUUUCCUUUUGGGUAAUCUGCCAACUCCAUUUACAUUUUCCAGUGCUGUAAGCCUGUAACUGGUUGGUUCUGCACAUGCACUGUGUCCUUAAAACAGCUCGGUCAAACGUGGCGUUUGUACUUGUGCCUAAGGUGAGGGAACUUGUUCCUUGCUAUCUCAACAGCAAUUAGCAUACAGUCUGGGAAGCUUCAAGCGGACGGACGGAUAGAUAAUCUGCUUUGUAAAGCUCUGAUUCUGUUGCUGGGAGUACAAUUAGAUGCCUGGAAUAUGAAGUUCUAUGUACUUCGAUAUGUCAUGCUACGGAAGGAAAUAACACCACAAGGAGAGUUAUUGUGACUGUCCUGUAUUUGUUAGGAGUUACCGUAAUCAAUUCCAUUAUCACAAUCAAAACUUCUAUGUUAAUUCCUUCCAAGCAUAAUGAUGAGUUUUAGAAGUAAUAUUUAUUUUGAAUUUUAAUUGAUC